AUUGGCUGGAGCGCCGCCGCACCAGGCAGAAACAAUCGCCGGCCGCGCUGCCGAGGGCCGCGCGCGGGAUUUUUGAAGAAGAGGCCAUGGAGCCGCUGCAGCGGGAGCCGGGCGCAGAGGCGGAGGCGGACGCGGAGGCGGAGGCGGAGGUGGACGUGGACGUGGACGUGGACGUGGACGUGGACGUGGACGUGGACGUGGACGUGGACGUGGAGGCGGACGCGGACGCGGACGCGGACGCGGAGGCGCCCGAGAGGAAGGCGGACGUCCUCAUGCUGCUCCGGCUGAGGGACCAGAUCAAGCAGCAGCUCGCGGAGUACAGCACGGCGGUUCAUGCCCGUCAAGUAAUUUGCUGUGAUUACGUCAAGAAUCAAACCAAAAUCAAGAAGGACAUAGAAGAUUUGGAAAGACAUAUGGAGGAAGUAACCAUCUCUUUACAGAACAAGACGUUAGCCUUGCAAAGGAUCCAACUUACGUUUGCCCUGAGAAACAAAAUGAAGCAAAAUGAUGAUGACUCACGACUGAUCACGGAAACUGUGAAACGCAUAGUAACGCUCAGCCAGAGAAUAAUUAAAUGUCAGCAGCAAGCACGUGAGAAGGAACAGAAAUUGAUUGACAUUAGAAGGAAAAGACUCACACUAAAAACAGCUGGAAGAGAGAAACUACUGCAAGUUCAUACCCUGAUGAAAAAACAAAAGGAGGAACGAGCAAGUGUGAACAUGAUCAAAACACUGGCGGUGAUACAUAAUAAGUUGGAAAAAGAGAUACAGAUUACUACAGUAAUUAAAAAUGUAUUUCAGAGUAUCAUAAUUGCAAGCAGAGUUAACUGGGCAGAAGAUCCAUCUUUGAAGGCAAUUGUUCUACAGCUUGAAGAAGAUGUCUGUUUGCUGUGAUUCAGGAAAGAUACUGUUGAAUCUUAUAUAGUGUAUGUAAUCAAUGUACUAAACUUGAUUGCUUUCAUAAUGCAUAUUAAUCUCACUUUAGGAAUUUGAAAAUGUAACCUUUCUGGUAGUUGUUCUCUCAAGAGACUCAGAACGUGGCCAUGCAGCUCUUUGAAGUGAAAUUUAAUUCUUGGCACACAACGAAUGUUUGAACAGGUAGCGUAGCUGGUGAAAGUACCUGAAGAGCCGCUCUGUAGUUGUCCUGUCCCAGGUGCUCAUCUCCCUCUGAAAGGCAGCAGUAACACAAGAAGAAUAAUCCAUAUAUCCACAUAAGCUUUUUUUGUAAAAUUUGGCUUAAACGAAGGCCCUGUCAUGUCUGUCCUCACUGCCUGGGCACCAGCAGUCUGCAGAGCUCAGGCAAGAUCCAUGACCCUGCUCUGCCCCCGGUGGAAAGCUCAGACUGGAAAAGUUAGUUAAGUCACUUUUUGGUGGUUUUUUUUUUUUUUUAACCUUUUUUAUUAAAGUAUUAUGUAUAACUUUAAACAGCGAAAAGUUUGUAGUUCUUGAUUGUAACAGCCACUUGUGACUGUGCCAUAUGCUGAUUAGUGAAGCAGAGCAUCCAGCCUGUAGAUACAACCUGUAGGUGCCGUUCCACGUAGCAAAAUAUGACACCGCUAGGGAAAAUGCAUGUAAAGUGGAAGCACUGAGUUCAUGCCAUUGAAUACUCAGCUAAGCAGUAUUCUAAAUGUGGUUUUGCAUUGACAAUUGUGUUUUCAGUUUUUGCUUGAAGAAGCUUGACCAUAUUUUUAUGUGUGUAAUGUGUUAAAAUAUUUUUACUUUUGGCUUGGCACGUGACUAUUAGCUUGAAAAAGGUGGAUGGCAGGUCUCUUGAUCGAAUGAAAAUAAAACAGACUAUCUUGAA